UGCGCAGUUCAGCAGCCGGCUGCGAGCUGAGGAGAUGGGAGCGGCGGCGGCCGAGGCGGACCGGACCCUCUUCGUGGGGAACCUCGACCCCAAAGUCACCGAGGAGCUGCUCUUCGAGCUCUUCCACCAGGCAGGUCCAGUCAUUAAAGUAAAGAUUCCGAAGGACAGGGAUGGGAAACCAAAGCAGUUUGCAUUUGUGAAUUUCAAACAUGAAGAAUCUGUCCCCUAUGGCAUGAAUCUACUUAAUGGGAUCAAACUUUUUGGGAGACCUCUCAAAAUUCAGUUUCGAUCAGGGAGCAGUCAUGCAUCUCAAGAUAACAAUUCACCUUAUUCUCAACCUGGAUAUGCUAAUGGAAGCCCCUCCAGUAAUCAACAACUGCCAACAACAACUGCCAGUAGCAGCAGGUAUGAGAGGAAUGUGGAUAACAUCUCAACAGAGUCGCCAACUGUGCAGAGGUCCUUCUCAUCCCCAGAUAACCUCCAGAGACAAGCGGUGAUGAAUAAUAUGUGGCAGCAGUCACAGUACAGUGGCAGGCACAACUCCUUGCACCCGGAGCCAUCCGGAUUUGCUUCGCCAGGGCACCACCCGAGUUACUCGUUCACCCCGUCGUCAGCUUCAUCCAUGCAGUGGCGCUCAGAGACAAGUGCCGCCCAGCGCAAGAACAGAGUGAGCUCCCAUCCGUAUCCUACUGAAAGCAGGCAUUAUAGCAGCCGGGAACCUCAGCGCCCUAGCGACUAUGGCUCGGAGCAUCAUUUCAGGGGCAUUCGGGAGGAAUAUGGUCACGAUGACAGGCAAUAUGGAGGCUGGAGUCACGAUUACGAUAACCGGAGGGAGAACUACCGAGAUGGCAAAUGGCGCCCCUCCCGCCACUAGCAAGUAUUCAGAGCAGAUUUUGCAUACCUUUCCUUGGCGAAAUGGAGUGGCUCUUUCCUUUUUAAGAAAUCGUUUUUUUUACAGAGAGCUUGCAACGAGUAACUGCACGAGUUGCUUUUUAAAAAUCGUUUUAUAAAAAUCACCUGCAGUAUGUAUUUCGUGAGAAGUGGCUUCGUUUCAAUUGUAUUAACUUUCUCUCAGGGUUUAGGAAAAAAAAGAGAAGGUGCCACGCUUUUAAACAAGCAAAAGAGAAUUCAAUGUAGUGAAUUUUGUAAGGGGGGGAAAAAAGGUGCCGCUUUGGUUGUAUUUUAAAAUGAACAUUGGUAUUUUUGUAGAGUGUUAAUGAGAAAGGAAGAGAGCCCCUGAGGUGGUUCUGGUAGUAAGUAAUCCCAUGGAAAAAAUGAAUGCCACAGAGUAGAAGGCUCAAUGGCACAUGGAAAUAUUGGUAACAGUGUUUUUCUACUGGAAUAAAUGUUGCUUUUAAAUACUUGUAUUAAGCAAACAUCCAGCCUGUUCAGAUAUUAAGAGUGAAACAAAUUUGCUGGAUGACUUGAUGAUUUGUAUUGAAUGAUGUGUUAAUUUUUCCAGCUGCUUUCAUUGAGAGCCCUUUGAUUUUUAUAUUACAAGCAAGAGAGCCCACAGUAUCGUAAAAAGACUUUCCCAACAAUUUAAGUGAUUAAAACCUCUCAGGAAAUCA